GCCCUUGAACGCGCCUUAAGCCGACAUGUUUUUUCCCCCUCCUCCAUAGUCCGCCUUGUUUCCCUCCAUCUCCGCUCAGCUCUCAGUGCCGCUCGGACGUUGCGUUAAGGUGCGGAUCCGAGUCCCGCUCUUGGGGGAAAUUUGAGGAAAGUCAGACGACAUAUACGCCUUUUAAGGACAGUAUAAGUCUAUUUAAAUUAAGACGACAGACAUUUGUGCAGUUGUUCUGAAGCUACAGUAAAAAUGGAUCCAAUGACUCAGUCCGCCCAGAUAUCAUCGUCGCAAGGGUUUGCCGAUGGACAAAAUUCUGCUGCCAAAGAAUCAAAGAUGUCCGAUUCCUUUCUUUCCUCUUCGCCUGUAUCUCUCAUUCAGUCUCCUCAAGACAAAAGAGUGGUCCUGGGCUCCGACAAGCCCUGUGAAGGUGUAGCGACAUCUCUUCGCUUUCCUUCUCAACCUGGCUCAUUCACCCCUGGUAAUUACGGGAGUGAAGCAGGGCCGCCAGAUGGACAACCAGAUUCACCGAUAAAGACAUCACCUGUUUCGGAACGAAUAAAAGCACUGGAAGCACUUGCUGCCAAAAAGAAGGAACCCGAUUUUAGAAGUGAAGGAGGUUUGUCUCAUUUCAGAGACCGCCACCAUGAGAAAUCUCCCACUGAGACCCCAAAAUGUCCCAUUGAGACAUCAAAAUCUCCCACCGAGACCCCAAAAUGUACCACUGAGACACCAAAAUGUCCCACUGAAUUCUCAAAACAUCCUAUUGAAACCCAAAAAUCUCCCACUGAGAAAGUUGCGCCAACCAUGACGAAAAGAGGAGGUUCUGCUGAUCAGGAGUCACCAGAAUCUCCCUUUGAAGUACUUGGAGAUUUAAGACAAGUGAAUGAAUUCGAAGAAACAGAAGAAUGGAUGAAGGCUCAUUUACCUCCAGUGCCAGACUUUGAUGCUGUAGAUUUAAUUAAAGGUACCCCAACAUCAGAUAAUGUUUCACCAAAGGCAGAGAAGGAGACUGACAUAGUUAUACCUGAUGCUCCUGCGGCCUUUGCUGGUGUCCCUGAUGCUUUCAUGGAUACUCCUGUUGAAGCGUCAGAACUGAAGGAUGAGUUCAGUAAUGCACAGAAACAGCCAAGUGUUGAGGAAGAGUCUGAGUUUGACCUGAGCUUCUUGCCAACAGCCUAUAUGUGGGAUCAGCAGGAGAAAUCAGGUGUCCAGCCUCCAUCAAAUCUUAAUUCAGUGCUUCCAACUUCACCUGCACCUCCUGCAGGCUUUGGCUCCCCAUCUCCUACUGUCUUCCCACCAGUUGACACAGAUGUUAAACAGAAUGUACCUGAUGAAAAGAAGUCCACUUGGAGUGGAGAUCUGGAGCCCCCGGAGGCAAGUGAAGCAGACAGCUCAGGAGAGUCGGAUGAUACUGUCAUUGAAGAUGGUGUCUCUGUUCCUCCUCCAUCUUCUGGCUCAGCCAUUUCAAAUGAUCCUACCUCUCCCCCUGCUCCUGCAGCUCAGAUUCUUCCCGAUGAGGAAAAAGUGACUCCUCCACCAAGGUCUGAGAGAAAGUUAAUGCAGGUUCCAACAAUCAAUGUUAUUGAAACUGAUGAGCCAAAUUACAGUGAAGAGGAGAUGGAAAUGGAGGUUGAAGGAGAGGAAGAUGAACCACCCAAGACACGCCCCUUGGAGACUGAAUUCAUGGAAGGCUACUCUCCUCCAUCCUCUCCUGUUGACUCUGAUGCGGAAUACUCUCCUAAACACAGCAUGCUCAAAUCUCUUCCUGAAACAGUCCAUCAGGAAUCAGCAUCAAAACCAGAGGCCCUACCCAACCAAACUGAUUCAAAAGACUUGGCCUCUGAUUUUACCCAAGCACAAUAUGAAACAUCGCAGACCUCUUCCAGUAAAGUCAAUGAUGAACCCUCCCCUUUCAUCGUCACAAAUGAAGAAGUGGACUUCCCAGACAACGACGACGAGUGGUCAGACGAAGCACAAGAUAUCCUGGUCAAACCUUGCAAGACGGAUCUUUCACUCAUGCAACCCACUCAUUACACCCAAUCCAGUGUGGAUGAAAAGAGCAACACGGCUGCAAAAGAUGUUUAUAUGGAAGGAGGGCCCAUUUCUAAAACCGGCUUUAUGCAAGACGAUAUCUAUGACAGACAAUCAUUUGAUUAUGAUUAUGAUGCAUCCUGUCCCUUGGAUGACAUUGAUGACAAAGGGCUAAACAAUGCUAAGGAGCGGUUUCUUUCUGAUCCUUCUCAUAUCCGUGUCGAAACACUGAACGCAUGUACUACACAAAAUGAUCCCCAGGACAGUCAAACUAUGGAAGAUUUCACUUCAGUGAAUGAUGAUGAAGCCUUCCCCAAGCGAGAUUAUCCUCAAGACCCCUAUUCCUCUUUCCAAAGUGAGACACUAAGCGGCACCAAUGAACAAGAUUUCAAUAAAAAAACGACCACCAACAUUGUUACAGAUAAUAUGGCAAAUAGCAGCUCCCGCCCAGAAAGCAAAAUUGACUCAAAGAUCCAGCAGGACACUAAAGUACCUGUUACAACAAGCAGCCCAGACAGCAGUCACACUGACAGCUCAGUUUCUGAGCCUACAGAUAGCUUUGUGGAGUUCAUGCGAGAGUGCCUGAAAUCAAAGCAGGAUGAAGAACUUGACAAUGCACACCAAGGCAUUACCUCCAAGAACGAGCUCUGCAAAACUGGUUUGCCUACCUCCCAGUCCCCUCCAACCAUGGUGAUGGAUCUUGAACAAGAGCAGCUUACCAUCAGUGCUCUCAAAGAGCUGGGUAGCAGUCAAGAAGAGGAGGAAGAAGUGGUGUCUCGCGACCAGGACAAUGCUAACCCCAAUGCAGCCUCUAUACAACAGUCUUCAUUUACCUCAGUUCCUACUCCUCCAUGUUCCCAAACCAACCUUGUGUUUGACAGCACGUAUUCCAAAGAGGUAGAAGCCAUCGACGAAUGGGUGGCUGAAGCUUAUCAUCUUGCUGAGCAUGUCUUGACAGCAAUACUAACCCACUUAUCAGUUAAGGAUCUGAUCCACUGGCGAGACCCCAAGAAGUCGGGUGUGGUGUUCGGUCUGUCUAUGUUGCUGCUUCUGUCCCUGGCAGCCUUCAGUGUCAUCAGUGUGGUGUCCUACCUGCUGCUCGCCCUGCUCUGUGUCACCAUCACCUUCCGCAUCUACAAGUCUGUCGUCCAGGCCGUGCAGAAGUCCAGCGACGGACACCCCUUCAAAUCACUGAUAGAUAAGGAUGUCAGCAUUCCCCCAGAGACCUUCCGCAAGCACGUGGACGCCAGUCUGACCUACAUCAACCGAGCCCUGAAGCAGAUGAGCCGCCUCUUCCUGGUCGAGGACCUCGUGGACUCCCUGAAGCUGGCCGUGGUCAUGUGGCUGUUCACCUACGUAGGAGCCGUCUUCAAUGGAAUCACCAUUCUCAUCCUGGCUAACAUCCUCCUCUUCGCUGUGCCACCGAUCUACGAGAAGAACAAGACUCAGAUUGAUCAGUACAUCGACCUGGCACGUACCCAAGUCAACACCACAAUGGCCAAGUUGCAAGAGAAACUUCCUGGAGCCAUGAAGCGCACCAAAACCGAAUGAUCAACCCCCCCAUUAGAAACCUCCAUGUCACCAUCAUCCUCAUCUCCAUCACCAUCUUAAACUCCCUUACUUUCCCCUACCCCUUUCCCGAUAACCCUCACCCCCAGUCUUACCCCACCCCCCCACACUCCAUCAACCAUCAGCACCCUACUACACUGAACCUUGUUAGGUAGAAAAUCUCUGAGCUAUUCGAUAUUCAAUGUAAAACUACUGCGCAGCUUAACUCGCAAGCAUUAAAAAGAACUGUGCCUGUGCAGACAGGAAGCACGUCGCUAGUGAGGAAGUGAUGUAACGCCGCGGCGGACCCCGACUGUCUGUGGGCAUUUGCCACAGGGGAACAGAGGCAGGGUCGAGUGAACUAGACUGAAUCUAUGACCUGGUUUGGUCGUGUACAGCAAGCAGGGGGUGGAUGAUGGCUGUUAUGUCACAAAAAGCAAAUGUCUGUACUCUAAAUAGCAUUUCCUCUGAGAUUAACGAUCAUUAACGCUGGAAAAGUUACAGGAGAGGAAAAAAAAAUAGAAAAAGAAAUGAAAGCAAGCUUUUGGGUGUUAUUGUGGCUAGUCUUCUCCUGCUCUCGCUCUACAGAUGUUGUCAGGAUAGAUAUGAGUUGUUUUUUUGUUUUGUUUUUUAGAAGCUGGUAAUGGGUUUGCUGUUACUGAUCGGCCUGUUAGUCUGUUUCCAUUCACCUCACAGGCACUUCUGUAUGUACGUUUCUGCAAUGCACUGAACUUUUAUUUUUUUUAAACCCACGAGCAGGCUGAAAUAAAAGGAUUGGAACACUGAACCAGCUGUGAUAAUUUGGUCUAGUUCACCGUCUUUUGAUCAGAUGCAUUUUUUUGAAGUUCUCUGUAUAUACACCUUAAGACAAGUAAAGGCUCUCUCUGCUGUAUGGAACAUGUUAGCCUUGCUUUUUAUAUCAAAGAGAGUUCCCUCACGUACAGCAGUCCUAACUUCUUUUGUUGCACCUGUUCAAGCCACAAAGUGUUGAGGUCUAACGUUCAUUUGUACAUUUUGAUUCUUCUCAUCACUACUUAUUACUAUUAUUAAUAUUAAUCAUAGGAUGGCUGCUUUGACUCCCUACUAGCUUGACAACAGCAUUGUAAGAGUUCUGUUAAGUGUUGUUGAGCUUCAUACUUUUAAACUGGAGGUCCUUCAGAGGCCUCUUGAGAAAUAAUUCCUGAUUGUUGGAUAAGUGAAGAGAGACGCUCUCUGAUGUGUUUUCAUGGCCUUCGAUCCCAAACUGGGUUCCCAGCUCACUGUUUAAAUUUAGAGCGUGCCACCACGAUGAAUACAGGCCUUCACCGUGCUCCGUUUUUAUUUGACCAAAAAAACGUAUAACUUAAAACACUUAGCAGCUUUUUGCAGAGCCGUGAAGAAAGACAGAUGGUUGAAAGCUCUGGAAGAAAAGCUUGCAAGUGAAAUAACGGUUAAAGUUUUUUUGACGCCCAAACUAAUGAUUUAUACUAAAACUGACAUGAAUUUAUAAAUGUAUUUAUUUUAUAUAAUAAAAUUAAUUAAUAUAUUUUUGAAUAUUAAUUUAACUUCUAAACAGGUAAAAGAAGAAUCACUAAUUAGUUCUGUUUUCAAUUUGUCAGCACCAUUUUUUGAUAAACCACCAACCAGAUUUUUAUUAAACUUGGUGUGACGUGGGCCAAAGACGAGCCCAUAUUUUGGAGCGGAUCCGAAUCACAGGGCAGACGUUUGUUAACAGUGUGAGUCUGGCUGUAACAUUGGUAUCUAUGGUAAAAUGAAGUGAAUGCCCUGUAAUCAUUUUGUUGGCACAUUUUCGACUCUGUACAAACCUCAGUGACCUGACAGGAAGUUGAGAUCAGAGGGUUGGUGGAACAAAACGAGAGGUGCAGUCUGAGUAGAGUGUAGCCGGGACAAUGGAAGCAGUUUUUUGGGGGAGGGUUUAUUAUUAAGCUCUAUUUGUUCUUUUUUUUUUUUUGACUGCCAUGAAGCGCAUGUCAUAGUGUAAGCUGGAAACAGACCCUCACCCUUCUAUAGGCUGUAUCAUAUUGUUGACCCUGACUUUUGUUUAAUAUGAUUCUUACUCGUGAUUGUUUUAAUGGUGUUUUUGAACUCCGUAAAAGUCACGUUAGCACUACUGCUACGUCUCCAUGUUGUUUUACGGGAUGAAUAUAUAGAAGGUCCAUUUCAUUGUGCCCCGCAGUGAGUUUGCAUGGAGUUAGUGUCCCCUGAAUACUGAAUGGCCAACAGUAGAAGAUCAUCCUUCAUUGCCUGUCGAUGCAGUGUAACUACUCCGACAUCUGCCAGUGUGCUGAAUGUUUUCUGGAACAUUCCUCCCCCCCAUGCAUGCCCUCCUCUGUGUGUCGUCUUCACUGUGUGUCUCAUUCACACUCUGGCUGUCGAAGCCAAAAUAUGCAACAUUUCAACAUUUGGUGUUGGAGAUGCUAUCCUUCCCCCACCUCACUCACCCCACCUCACCCUCUCAGUUACACAUCCUGUUUAUUUAUUUGAAUGUGGGGAAGUUGCAUAUUGUAGCUUUUAAAGGCUAAGUUGUCGUUUCCAUGUAAAUGCUUGAUUUCACAGAUGUUUGGUUCAACCAAAUUGCAAGAGAACAUUUGCCGGGUUUUGAGACGUCUACCUCCAGGCCGACACCACGGGGAGAGAGGUGGUGUCAAAUGGAUGGUGGAAACAUUUAGUUUGUAUUUUAGUUGAACUGAGCCUUUAACAUUGUGUCAGUCUGACCUCACCUCACUGCUGUAAAGGCUUUCCACAUGCACAGAACCUUUAGUGAACCUUUAGUUCAGGACAGGCCAUGUUUCCUGUAAGACUAAAUAGAUGACUUCUUCUCUGAAUCUAGUUGGCUUCUUUCUUUAGAGUGUAAUAUAUAAUCUGAAUAAAAGUCCACUCAUAAUUGACCUUGUUCCCUCACAGCAUGUUGCUUUCCUCCUCUUCCUGUUCGUCCCCGUGUUUUCAUCAGGUAUGGGAGUGUGUGGCAGGAGUGUGUUUGACUUUUUAUUUUUUGUCUUGUUUUGCUUUUGACUCUUUACUGGUAUCUAGACGUUGUUCACUAACAUCAGCUCUGUUUUGUAUUAGCUAUGACUUUGGUUCCAAUUUUUUGAAGCUUUGGGAAAAAAGAUGUUGCAGGAAAAAAAAAAGAAAACAGAAAAAAAAGUCUGUGGUCUCUGUUCUGAUGUCAAAGUGAAAUUAAUAAAAACACGUCAAAGGAC